AUGCGAGUAUCCGUAGCCGAAAGCGUCGGCGAAAUUGUUCUUCAAGUGUGUAGUUCCAUAAAUCGGCAACAGUAUCUACCCAAGAUGCCGACAAGGACGGAGCUCUCAAAUGUUUUCGACUCAAAUCUUCCGGAUUGUCAACCGUAUCUCUUCAAAAGAGUACCACAAAGACGGGCUGUGAUGGAAUGCUGCGGUAUAUACGCAACCUUAUGA